GAGGGAGGGAAAAAUGUCCCAGAUUCCCAUGGUGUUUAUUGGAGAGUGAAACUGAACUAAGCCGAUCUAACCAGGAGGAAAUGUAAGUGAAAAGACGAUAGAUAACGAGAGAGGGAGAGCAGGAAAGAGAGAGAGAGGAGAGAGAGAUAAAAUAUGUGACAACUGUCAACUCACAGCAAUAGUUUCUGGACUUCUAAGGGUGAAAAACUACAAGUGUUCCUUCAUUUUAUUUAGUCAAGCUCUCUUUAGCACUCUCAGGGAUUCUUUUGGGGUCUUUCGAGUUUUGGAGGCUCACCUUUGGAGUUAACGGCGCUCCAGGCUGAAGUUUGUGCACCAGGGCCCCGUCUGGAUUCUGACUUUUGAGUGGGACGAAGCAGCAAGAGAUGUACUUGUAUAAGGCGACUUGCUCAGACAUCCCCAACCCAAAGCCAAAGACAGGACAGAAGCCGGGAGAGAGGGGACAAUCCCGCUGUGGCAGGCAAAACUCCGGAGAGAAGGGUUACCCUCCGCUCAUGUGCUGGGGCAGCCUGAGGACUAAUGCACACCUGGAGCUCAAACGCCUGGAGGAGUUUCUCAACACGCACACACUCUCACUGCAGGACUCAGUACGGGCCAGGACCGGCAUGGCUUACAGGAACCUUGGGAAGUCUGGAUUGAGAGUAUCUUGUCUAGGCCUUGGUACUUGGGUGACAUUUGGAGGUCAGAUUUCUGACGAGGUGGCCGAGCAGCUGAUGACCAUCGCCUACGAGAGCGGCGUGAACCUGUUUGACACAGCGGAGGUGUACGCGGCGGGAAAAGCGGAAAUCAUCCUGGGAAACAUCAUCAAGAAGAAGUGCUGGAGGCGAUCCAGUUUAGUGAUCACGACCAAGCUCUACUGGGGAGGAAAAGCUGAAACUGAGAGAGGCCUGUCCAGAAAACAUAUAAUAGAAGGCCUCAAGGGUUCGCUUCAGAGGUUGCAGCUGGAAUAUGUGGACGUGGUCUUCGCCAACCGGCCGGACAGCAACACACCAAUGGAAGAGAUCGUGAGGGCGAUGACCUACGUGAUCAACCAGGGAAUGGCCAUGUACUGGGGGACGUCGCGAUGGACAGCCAUGGAAAUUAUGGAAGCGUACUCUGUGGCCAGGCAGUUUAACCUGAUCCCGCCGGUGUGCGAGCAGGCCGAGUAUCAUCUCUUCCAGAGAGAGAAAGUGGAGGUGCAGCUGCCUGAGCUCUACCACAAGAUAGGUGUGGGUGCUAUGACCUGGUCUCCUCUAGCCUGUGGCAUCAUCACCGGGAAGUAUGAAAACGGCAUCCCGGAAUCCUCUAGGGCCUCGAUGAAGUCGUACCAGUGGCUGAAGGAUAAGAUCAUGAGCGAGGACGGGAGGAAGCAGCAGGCUAAGCUGAAGGAGUUGGCUCACAUUGCUGAGAAGCUGGGCUGCACUCUGCCUCAGCUGGCCGUAGCCUGGUGUCUGAGGAACGAAGGAGUGAGUUCUGUUCUCUUAGGAACCUCCAACCCAGAACAGCUAACAGAAAACCUGGGAGCCAUUCAGGUCCUUCCCAAGAUGACCUCCCACAUUGUGGCUGAAAUCGACCACAUACUCGGCAACAGGCCCUACAGUAAGAAGGACUACCGCUCGUAGGGAAGUUGGGUCACGUCCUCAACAAAACACGUCUCUCCUCCUCCUCUUCUUCCUCCUGGCUUCGGCCUCUCACUGGAGCCCGAGAGAGCCGAGCCGUCUGCAUGCCUCCCCUACCCACCUGCCAGUAACUCCGCUGGGGUGUCCCAGCACUCCGCUACCAUGCAGCCAUGCAUCGCAAUGAUGAGAACCACCGACCGAACACAAACUGCAAGAAUCACCAGUCGUCAUGUAGCAAGAGCUGCACACCCUCUGACCCAGGCAGUGUCCUGACCCCAACGUGAGAGCCCACUGGAGACUUGGAGAAGGUCAUAGGGACCGGAGGUGUGGAGCAUGUCGCCCUCUGCUGUUCAUACAGGAGCCUUGUUGCCAUAAAACUAAGGAGGAGACGAACUCUGUGGUGCAAAGGCGUCCUUUAUGUGCAUCCAUAGAGGCUGGUUUUGCCGGCCUUUGCCUGUUUAAAGACUGCGUUACUGAUUGCAUCACAGAGUAUUGAAAUGAGCCACAUUCGCGCUUCUGGCACAAAAGGACAACAUUUGGCUUUAUGAGCUGUGAAACUUAGCAUAGGAAUGAAAAAGAGCAUCCGAAGGAUAUUUGCAACCGGCACA